UUUUGGAAGCGAGGAGAGUGUCAAGUGAUCUGGCCUACCGAAGAGGAGCGUGAAGCUGUCUCUGAGUGCAGAUUUUGGACUGGCGGGAGGAAGGCUGUGUGUGACCCCCAUGUGGCAGAGCUGCUUCUCCUUACCCAGGAAGUCCAAGUGAAGAAAAUAGGUCAAGGGCAGCUUUUGCAUUCCACCCAAAAGGCACCACAGUUUGAGAUGAGGAAUUCAGAAGAGCAAGCAGCUACGACAGUUUUACAGCGCCUGCUGCAGGAGCAGCUCAGAUACGGAAACCCAAAUGACAACCGUAACCUUCUUGCCUUACACCAGCAAGCCACAGGAAAUGCCCCCCCUUUCAACAGCACUGGGAGUCCAGCAUCGCAGAACGAAGGGCUGAGCUCCCAGGACCACCAGCUCGUGACUCAUGCUGCCCGGCAGGAGCCCCAGGGCCAGGAGAUACAGGUGGACAACAGCAUCAUGGAGAAGCAGCUCUCCCCGCGACUCCAGAACAGCGAGGAUCUCCCGACCUACGAGGAAGCCAAAGUCCAGUCGCAGUAUUUCAGGGGCCAGCCGCACGCUAGCGUUGGGGCAGCGUUUUACGUAACGGGGGUCACCAACCAAAAGAUGAGGACUGAAGGGCGGCCCACGGUUCAGCGGGUGAGCCCAGGGAAGGUCCACCAGGAUGAAGGACUUAAGGACCUCAAGCAAGGGCACGUCCGCUCCUUGAGUGAGCGGCUGAUGCAGCUGUCUUUGGCCACCAGUGGUGUCAAGGCCCAUGCGCCCGUGACAAGCGCGCCGCUCUCCCCCCUCUCUCCGCUCUCUCCUCAGCAGUCCAGCGACCCUUACAAAAAUUCGGGCUCCAAUGAGUUCUACAAGAACUCGGUGCAGCCCCCAGCCCAACCCAGCAUGAAAGGAAUGGAGCAGCGGGGUCCUCCUCCAGAGUAUCCUUACAAAAAUGUGUCCACCCCAUCUAUGAACUGCAAACCUCAGGACUCGGGACAUUUCUAUAGCGAUCAUCGCAUGAGCCAGCAGGGGAGAUCUGAUGGGCCGAUGAUGAGGUAUCAGCAUCCUCCUGAGUACGGGUCAGUCAGGCAGAACCCAGAUGUGCAGCUGCAGCUACAACAGAGACCACCACACCACCACAGCCCAACAUCAUCCUUGACGUCCCUGGGAUCUUUGACUUUGCUUCAGUCUCCGCCACCAUCCAGGCUGUCCCCUUCCCAGCAUCAGCAACCUCUGACACCAAGCCAGGGAGAUCCUGGCAUUCUGCCGCGGACCCAGCAGCCGUUCCUGUCCACCCAAGUCCAUCAGGGAGAUCUGUACCGACUAUGCCAGCCCUUCCUAGGCCCGCAGCAGCAGCAAGGCGAUUCCUAUUCAGUGAUGUCCCGGGCUCAGCAGAUACCUUCCCCAUAUCAGCAGAUGCAAGUAGAUCCUUUUGCCAUCGUUUCCAGAGCCCAGCAGAUGGUGGAAAUCCUGUCAGAAGAUAACCGCGCUCUACGGCAGGAGCUGGAUGGGUGUUACGAGAAAGUAGCCCGGCUGCAGAAGCUGGAAACAGAAAUUCAGCAAGUUUCAGAGGCAUACAAAAACCUGGAGAAAUCAUCCUCUAAGCGGGAUGCGCUGGAAAAGGCCAUGAGAAACAAGCUGGAAGGAGAAAUUCGUAGGCUUCAUGAUUUCAACAGGGAUCUAAGAGAACGUAUGGAGACAGCCAACAAGCAGCUUGCGGAGAAGGAAUUUGAGGGCUCUGAAGACAAUCGGAAAACCAUCUCUCAGCUCUUUGCACAAAACAAGGAAACACAGCGUGAAAAAGAGAAACUGGAAAUAGAGCUGGCUGCUGCACGCUCCACUAACGAGGACCAACGGAGACACAUCGAGAUCCGAGACCAGGCCCUGAACAACGCUCAGGCCAAGGUGGUGAAACUGGAGGAGGAG